AUGUCGAACACAAAUAUUGCUGAACAAGCUGCUGCGCCAGUUAUCAGUGAAAAUCCAUCUGUUGUACAACGUUGGGAACGUGAUUUUUCUCAAACAAAAACUGAUGGAAUUGUAUAUGAUUAUAUAGUUGUUGGUUCUGGUUCAGCAGGUGCUGUUUUAGCCAAUCGUUUAUCUGAAAAUAAUAACAAACAAGUUCUUCUAAUUGAAGCUGGUGGUGCCGAUACAAAUGAUAUAAUCCAUAUGCCAGCUGCAUGUGGAAAUUGUCAGCGUGGUGAUAUUGAUUGGCAAUAUAAAACUACACCUCAAGUUCAUUCACAUUUUAAUUGCAUUAAUCAACAAGGUAAUUGGCCACGUGGAAAAGUACUCGGAGGUUGUUCUUCGAUCAACUAUAUGCAAUAUGUUCGCGGUGAUCCACAUGAUUAUGAUAGCUGGGAAUUACCAGAAUGGUCAUUUAAAAAAAUGUUACCAUAUUUUAAAAAAUUAGAACGAGCUGAUAUCAAUUCAAUUCCAGAAAAUGAUAAAUUUCGUAAUCAUGAUGAAAAUAAAGGUAUGAUGGAUGUCACUCUAUUAGAAGAUUCAAAUGAAAUCAAUCAAUUAUUUAUUGAAUCAUGUGAAAAAAAUGGAUUUCAUCAAACGAAAGAUUAUAAUGCUGAAGAAUCUCUCAAUGGAUGUGUAACAUUGUCACAAGUUUCAACUAAACAUGGAAAACGUUGGUCAACAGCAAGUGGUUAUUUGUUAUCGGCAAUAAAACGAGACAAUCUUCAUGUAUUAAUUAAUGCACAUACUUGUCGCGUCUUAGUCGAUGAACAAAAGCAAACAAAAGGCGUCGUUAUUAAACGUGCCAGUUCACUUGAUAAAGAAGAAGUCAUUCAGGGUAAAGAAGUGAUUCUAUCAGCUGGUACUGUUGGAAGCCCUCAGAUACUUCUUCUGUCUGGGAUUGGUCCUCGUGAUGAAUUAGAAAAACUUGAAAUUCCAGUUAUUGUUGAUCUACCUGGUGUUGGAAAGAAUUUACAAGAUCAUAUUAUGACUGUUCUUAUUUAUACAACUAACAUAUCAACACUUUCAACUCGAGAUUUAACUGCAGAAAAUUUACAACGAUGGGCAGUUGAAGGAAAAGGUCGUCUGACAUCGUGCGUUGUAGAAGCAGAAGCUUGGCAUCAAAUCGAUGGAACUGAUAAAAAUCAAGUACCUGAUAUUCAAGUACAUUUUUGUCCACUAACAGUUGAUGCUAAUCUUUUGCAAAAUUUCAAUUUUAAACCCGAAGUAUACGAACAAUAUAUCGGUCCACAUCUUUGUGGUGAACAUCAAUCGACGAUGGCCUAUCUUCCUACUCUUCUUCAUUCAAAAUCGAAAGGUGAAAUAACUUUAGCAAGUCGUGAUCCUCUUGCACAUCCAAAUAUUAAUCCAAAGUAUUUGGAAGAUAAAGAAGAUGUUCGAAAAUUAAUUGAAGCUUGUAAAUUAGCUAAGAAAGUUUGUCAAACUGAACCAUUGAAAAAUGUUGUUCGUUCAUUGGCAAAAGAAAUGAAUGGAAACGAAACAACUGAAAAUGAAGAUCAAUUUUGGGAAUCAUAUAUUCGUAAAUAUACAAUCACAGUUUAUCAUCCUGUAGGAACAUGUAAAAUGGGAAAAGACGACGAUGAAAUGACAGUUGUCACAUCUGAUACAAAAGUUAAAGGUGUUAAAGGUCUACGUGUUAUCGAUGCAAGUAUCAUACCAAUUAAUGUAUCGGGUAAUACAAAUAUUCCAACGAUUGCAAUUGCUGAAAGAGCAGCAGAUUUAAUUAAAAAUAAUCAUUAA